AUGAAAAAGGUUGUGGCCUUUCCCGUCUUGUUGUUUUCGUACGGCGGUUGUUUCGAGGCUAAAGCCGAUCACAAGCCUCGGGAGGCCAUUGCUCCGUGCCUGUUGCAGCAUGGUCAGACAUUGCGAGAGUCCAUUUCCAAAGAUGAAGGCCGAGGCCCAGCUUCGGAACUUGAUUGUGUGCAAAUUCCAGCAUUUCUGCAAACGCAGAGCUCAGCCGAGAAGUCGGUGACAAAAAGUCGCAUCAACCCAGCCUUUUUUGAUUCGUUUUCUGAUGCUGAAUCAAGUUGGGAUGCUGAUGGCAGUGCUGAUCAGAAUCAGGUCCAAGUUUCAGAUGCGGCAAGUAUGGCUAACGAUGUGCUUCCCACCAUCAAGCCUGCGGAAUGGUUUGCCGAAACCCCUUCAGCCGGAGCAAAGGAGGCAUGGCAGACGUAUGACGCGGCGUCGCAGGAUAUGCAGAUGCAAGCUGGCGGGCUAGUGCUCCACAAUGGCGAGAGCUUGACUUUGGCAGGUCUUGAAGGCCACCAGAGUGACGAUGACCAAAAUGUCAGGCAAGCUGCUCAACUCUUGAGUUCAGGAAACCCUGCUGCUGCCAUCGAGUGUUUGAAUGGCAAAACCCUAAAUCUGGAUGGACAUUUGUUGAUGGCCGAGGCACUUUGGACCCAGGCUGGUCCGGGUGGCACAAGAGAAUCCUUGAAACACUAUGAAGCAGCAGAACUUGCUGCAGGUGCUGAUGUUUCAAAUGUUUCAAAACAAGCUGCUGUGGCUCUUGGCCAUGGCUGGGCACUAUUGCAGUUGAAAGAUCCAAAUGCCCAUGGAAAGUUGGCAUUUGCUCGAGAUUUGGCCCAGAAGGAUGGGAAUUCGGCUGCCAUUGACUUCGUUGAUAGCUUGUUGGAAAACGCAGAACAAGUUGAACAAGCAGAUUCUUCCACUGAGGAAGCAACAUGGGCAGCUUUUGUUAAAGCUUAUGUAACAAGUGAUCAACCCGUUGUAUUCAUGUGUGGAAGCAUACACGAGCCACUUGAUGAGGCAUCAGCUUCAGGAGUUGCAAGACUAAAGGAAGCUGGUGUCAAGGCAGUGAAAUCUGUGAACGUCAGCGAGACUGGACCAGAAUUGCCAGGUGGUUUGCAAACCCUUUCAAGUCUUUCCGUCAAGCUUCCGCAGCUCUAUUUGAAAGGUGCGUUAGUGGAGAAUUGGAUGAAACUUGAUACAAAGGACCUCCGGAGUCUACUUGCUGAUGCUGGUGCCAACCUGCGAAGUGAAGAAUCUGAGCCCUGUCAUGGCGUGUUUUCUGAUGGGCUGGAGAAUUGGCAGAUUCGCUUGAUCGACUUGAUUUCCAAAAGAGGACUUGGAGAUUGGGACUCCAAGGCGAAGGAGCUCCAGCCCGACUUCCCUGAAUCUCCCAAAACUGGUAGCGAGCUAGAGGAAGCCUGGAAUCAUCUCGCUCCUUUAGUCAAGGACAAGUUGGAAGAGCAGCAAGAGAUGCCAUGUGGGCAUUCCUGCAAUACGUGCCCCACCAAGCACGACUGCCAACUGCAUGAUGCAGUAGGCAGAGCAGAUCAGCGAGGAACUCAGAACAGUUCUCUCAGCAUUUGGAGUAUCUGCAUUGUGAUAGUGCACGAGCUUUUUGGCAGGACUGCUGAAUUGAGCUGUGGACCUCCCGGCUGUGUAGCAAAUACCUCCUUGCAGGCCUUCAAAGAGGGGGAUUUGGAGUACAAGAUGUGCACCUUAUCUGUGAUGGUACACCCCACUGAUUUCGACGAUGAGUACAAUGUCGAGAAAAUUGAGUGGAUCACCAUCAAUGGCAAGGAGGCUUUGCGGGACUUCAGUCCACGGGCUCCCAAAGGUUGUGAGACAAAUGGGAACCGCACUGGCAUCCUAGACUCAGACCUGGAAGCACCAAAUGAAACUGACCCAUCCUUGCUGGCUUCAAGCGUACGCAAAGCUCACAGAGUCUCCAACAAGAGCAACCAGUCGGUCCAAAGUGGCAAUGGGUCUGGCGCCUCCAAUUCCACACUUCCCCUUUAUCCGUGCAUUCGUGAUCUUCCGCUGGAGGGCCUCGUGGGGGAAGAUGGAACGAUACAUGUCUCCGGCAAAAUUUCGCCUGCUGUAGAUGAGUGCGCCGUGAAUGGCAACCACUUGAGUGGGCUGGUGAGCGUGACGUGUUUCGCCCGACCAAUCACUACCCUGCCGCCAACCACCACCACGACGACAACACCUGAGUCUGAGGUGACGGUGUCGACUAAGCAGGAGUUCAAGACGAAAGAUUCGGCUCACUUCAGAUGCAAGGACCCAGGUUGCAGCGCAGCCACGAUGCUGUCAGUGGAUGUGUACAAUCUGACUUCAAGAAAGUGCUUCCUGACGGUGAGGAUCAACCAGACAGACUUUGAUGAGCAAGAUGGAACAACAGAACGAAUCGAGUCUGUGAAGGUAAACCGCAAAGUCAAGGCUUCUGAUUUCCUGCCGGGAAAGAACCCCUGUCGAGAGGCUAUUGCGUUUGGUAGCAAUCGAAAGUAUGAGACAGCGACAGUGCUUCAGAAGGAGGAUGUCACAGACGAAAUCAAAAGUGGCCUGUUGAUGGUUGAACUCAAAAUCACAGAGAUGGUUGAUGAGUGUGGUGUAGAUGAACACCUCCUUGAUGGCGAAGCAAAUGUAUCCUGUGAAGGAUAG